AUGGCCCUCCGCCGCCAGAGCCUGUCCCCGACGGCGCACCUGCUGCGCAACUCGCGCCUCUUCUCGCUGCCCAACCCGCUGCCGCGCCCCAACGUGGGCGAGACGAAUGGCGCGGGCGUGACCAAGGCGUCCGAGUCGGCGACGCUGCCCUACCCCACCCACCAGGCCAUCGCGACGACCAAGAGCUCGCUGGCCCGCGGCGACUGGGGCCUGAAGCGCAACCUGCCUGCCCGCUCCCGGCUGCUGCAGACCAGCGACCCCGUCCUGCGCGUCACCCAGCUCGACACCAUCGAGCACGUCACCGACUUCGACUCGGCCGCCGAUCACGUGCGCACCCGCCAGAAGUGGGAGGAGAUGGGCGUGCCCAUGAUGAAGGGCAUGGCCCACCUGCGCGCCUACGACCUGUCCGGCACCCCACCCUCGGGCGCCUUUGAGCACCGCGACGACACCACCAGCUACGACACCGCCCUGGGCCUGGACGAGAACGGCCUGUACCUGCAGGCGCUCAAGCACAACAAAGCCGCCCGUGAACGUCGCUCUGCUUCUUCUUCUUCUUCUUCCACCACCACCACCACCCCCCCCUUCACCCCCUUCAAACCGCCCCCCGUCGACCCCGACGUCCACAACGCCCGCCGCUGGAAGCACGACGGGCCCUGGCUGCCCGGCCAGAGCGCCGACGAGUUCACCGCCUACCUGUCCCGCGAGAUCGGCAAGCGCCAGGCCGAGUUCGACGCCUACCUCACCGAGUUCGUCAAGAAUGAAAUCUACACCACCCGCCAGCUCGCCGCCUCGCGCUCCGGCGACCUCGCGCCCAUCGACCCCGCCGACGCCCACGCCUGGCAGGCCGCCCGCGAGAAGGAGUGGGCCGCCAUCUCCGACGCCGACAUCGCCGCCGGCAUCAACGCUCUGCGCAAGGAGACGGCCAACAACCCCCUCGGCUCCAAGCUCGUCACCAAGCUCAUCAUGCCCUUCCUGCGCCUGCCCCCCAUCCGCUUCAAGUACAAGUCCUACUCCGACGACGUGAGCAUCCGCGACUUUGAAAUGUACCAGUUCGACCACGACACCUCGCCCCUGUCCACCCACCCCUCGGCCGGCCUGGGCUACCUCAGGACAAAGUCCUACCUCGCCACCCACCCCAUCCUCGGCCCGCAAGGCAGCGCGCCCCCGGUCCCUGCCCGCGUCAUCCAGCCCAGGCAGACGGGCACCACCAAGGAGACGUACGCCCGCUUCGGUGUCGCCGGCUUCGUCGCAAACGACCAGUUCCGCGCCACCGACACCAACUCGGCCAGCCGCGCAAACAUGAACAGCGUGCGCGACGUCGAGACCAUCGACAUCGACACCCCCGGCGGCAAGAAGGUGCUCGUCAACCCCCAGUUCGGCACCGUCACAAACGACGGCCGCAUCCACAUCAAGCUCACCCGCAGCACGGGGCCCGAAAUUGCCGUCGCCCGCGGUGAGCUCGACGACAGGCCACCUGUCCGCGAAGGCGCCGACCGCCAGACCCCCGCCAACGCCAGUGCCUUCCCCCCUGGCGUCUUCACUGGCUUCGCCCGCAAGAACCAGCGCAGCGGCGUCAAGGAGCUCGACGAGAUGAGCGCAAAGGGCCAGCAAUUUACAGAAUUCCUCAAGAGCCCCGCCCGGGCGCAGCCCACCCCAGGGUUCCCUGGCCUCGCAGACGCCCUGAGUCCCGACGAGUAG